UGUGGUCGUGUUCAAUGCUCUUGCUCCUGUCCUCCUGUGGCUGUUUCUUUUCACGAUGCUAACACAGAAGACCACAUUUUGUUUUUAUUCCCGACAGCCAGCAGUCAGAAACAGCUGAGUAUUGUGUGUUUCUUGUGUGUCCGUUCGCUGUCACUUUGAAUGUGAAAAGAAUAAUCUAGAAAAGUGCAGGUAGCCUCCGAAUGCUAACAGCUAAUUAGCACAACAUAUGGGGAGCAAAGUUAGAAAGUUAAAAAGCAUGACCACAUUAAAAUAUGUUGAGCGUUGAAACCGGGGUUGAGACAUCUUAGCUAGCAUUAGAGGAGAUUACUUUGACUAAUUAAGUGUUUUUACUUGUAUUCACUGAUGUGGACAGUCUUGUAUAACUGCCCUCUGUCAAGUCAAACACACGGAGGACACCGUAGGAGCAUGGAGGGGAUGAGUAGGAUCUGACGUGCUCUUCAUCACCUGUGAAAGCUGUUGUUGAAGUGGACAUGAAGCUUCUCAGGAUGCUACUGGCAGGCUGUACAAACUGCACAAGAAUAUAUCUGCCGUUUGGUUUGCACUAUUUUCCAAAGCAUCAUUCCAGCCCCGUUAGACUCUUCUAUUCAGGAAUGACAGGGUCUCGAACAGACGUCCAAGUCAAGUGCCCAGCACAGAACAGAGACAGAAAGCUGGGUUUGUGCAGCAGCAUCCACCGUGAUGUGAACACGAGUGCCCACUGCAUCCAGUUUAUAAGACCUCAGAAGAAGCUGCUACAAGGAGGUACAACGUGGCCUGUGACCCACAUUCGCCACAGAAUGUCAGAAGUACCUCUUUCCAGUGUGGCUCCAGCUUUUGUUGUGAUGAAAUUUGACAAUGAUGGAAACGUGACAACAUUUGAGAAGAAGAAAACCGAGCUCUGUCAGGAGCUCAGUCUUCAGGCCAGAGACCUUCGUUUUCAGCACAGCACCAGCCUCACUGCCAGAAACAACUGUAUCAUCCUGAGAAUAGAGACUUUAAAAGCCAUCGUAACCCCACAAUGCCUUUUGGUAUUGGAUUUUCGUGGUGUGGGAUUGGAGCGUUGGUUGGUACUGGAACUUGCCCCUCAGCUGGCGUCCCACACACACACUUUGCCCUUUGAGUUCAGAGCACUGGAGGCCAUACUACAGCACAGGGUAAACACUCUACAAGCCCUGCUGAAUGAAGUUGAACCAGUAAUAAUGGACACGUUGGAGUCCCUAGUAGAUCCCAAAAUUCUCUCUGCUGAUAGAAGUAAACUGCAUAUACUGCUGCAGAACAGCAAGAGUUUAUCAGAGUUGGAAACAGAUAUUAAAGUUUUUAAGGAUUCUUUGCUGAAGAUCUUGGAUGAGGACGAGAUCAUUGAAGAGCUCUGCUUAACCAAGUGGACCGACCCACGGGUUUUUGAGGAGAGCAGUCUAGGGAUUGACCAUGCUGAGGAGAUGGAGCUGUUGUUAGAGAAUUAUUAUAUGCAGGCUGAGGAGCUGGGGAACAAGGCUCGAGAGCUGAAAGGGUUGAUAGAUGACUCAGAGAGUGUCAUCUUUAUCAAUCUGGACAGUCAUCGCAACGUCAUGAUGCGUCUGAAUCUACAGCUGACAAUGGGGACCUUCUCCCUUUCGUUGUUUGGUCUGAUUGGGGUGGCAUUUGGAAUGAAUCUGGAGUCAACGUUUGAGGAGGAUCCUCGUGUUUUCUGGCUGGUGACAGGCUUCAUGUUCUUGGGCAGUGGUUGGAUAUGGAGACGACUGCUUUCUUUUCUGGGACGACAUCUUGAGCCUUCAGUACCUCCACUGAUCCCACCAGUUUGGAAGAGAAAUGUCAAAGCUGGAGCCAGAUGAUGAUUCACCUCUGAGCUUUGAGAGACUCUGCUUCUUUUUACCUCCUCAUUUAGCUGCAAAGACUUGAAAAUUUCACUUUAAUGUUGGGCCUUGGCGUUGUACUGUCAGGCCUCCAGCAGAGGUCAGGACUGUUUCAGACAUCACUGUUACGUGUGUUUCUGUGUCACCAAUGUUACCUUUGAUGCUUGACGGGAUGUCCACAUUUAAGUGUUGAUUACACAUAUGGACAAAGCAUCUGUGCCCUAGUUUAAUUAUAACACAUAUAUGUAGUAAAUACAGUCAUUUUCAUUAAUUGUAUAAAAUCUUAUUUAAAUAAAAGUAUGUAAAUGUUUAAAGUCUAA